AUGAAAGACGACGAAUGUAUCGAAUUGACAAGAGGAUCUCAUGAAUGGCAUCAACACUCCAUUCAACUUGACUUACUUGGAGACAAUCAUUUCGAGGAAGAAGAAGAGACUGAAACAGAGCUCAAACAGUUUAAUCGUAUAGAUGAAAUUGAGCUGGUUCAUCGGCUGGAUAAACGACUGCUGCUGUUUGCAAUGUUUGGCAACCUUGUGAAGACGCUGGACAACACCAACUUGGGAAGUGCCUUCAUCAGUGGUAUGGAAGAAGAGCUCAACAUAACAGGAUUACAGUACAAUUGGAUGGGCGUACUUUUCAUGAUUGGUUAUUUAUCGCAAGUAGCUGAGGAUGUCCAUCAUGUCACACACCAAUUCUCAUUUGAAUGA